AAAAAUGUAUUAUUUUCUUGUAAUAGGAUGCGAAUUUUGACCUAAAAUUUUCCAUUUUUUUUCCAUCUCAUAAACGUUUUUUUUUGAAAUCCAUAUCAAAUCAACACCCAACACUUGACUUCUGCAAACAUCUUCAUUUUUUGUCAUGGUUACACAGAUAAUAAAGUAAUUUCCUUUGAUAUUUCGUUUUACAAUUUUAAUCGCAUAAGAUUUUCGUUAAAAUUAAAAAAAAACCAUCAACAACUAUGAUUAUAACGACCGAAAGAUUCGAUUCGAAACAAAUUUAUGUAUGCGACGUUAUCAAAUUAAAAUUAUAUCAUUAUUAUUUUGAAAAAAAUAAGAUGAAAAUCUGUAUCAGUAAUUCUGUAACGCCAUCUAAUUAUUUAAAAUUAUCAAACACAUUCAAUAAAUGUUUGAUCGUGUCGCUUAUUUGGUUAACAUUAUUACUGGCCACCAAAGGCGAUGAAGAAGCCGGUGGUGUUGUAUAUCAAUAUAAACCGGAAGAAUAUCCAUCAUUAAUGACAAAUCCUAAAUUAUGUUCCGGAAGUUUUCGAAAUCCACCAACUUCUGUUUGUGAUCCGGAUAAUAUAAUCAAACCAGAAGAUGCAAAAAAAUUAGAUGAAUUAAUCAAUGAAAAACAAAAUCAAACAGCUUGUUUAUGUCCACCAUGUCCCCAAAAAAACCCAAAUGGUUUAUUAAUCAAAAUAGCAUUAGUCCGUGCGAUAAAUUUGUCACCAAAUCAAAGUAUUGAAAAAUCAGUUGAACAAUUUGCAGAACGAACUAGAUUAAAAUGGAAUCUUGCUAAAACUUGUCAUCAUGAUGUAUUAAUAUUUUUGGCAUAUAAUAAAAUUGUCAUUUCAAUGGGUUCUAAAGCCGAAAAUGUGAUAGGAACAAAAGAAGCCAAAAGUAUCAUUGAAAAUACCGAAAAACAUUUUUCAAGAAAUUAUGUUUACGAAGGUUUAGAGUCAAUUGUGUCUUCAUUACAACAACAAGCACGAGAAUAUGAUCCAAGAUUAGAUCGAUUUAAAUUACGACAAGGUAAUUUUUGGUUAAUAACUUCGAUUGCAGUCAUUCUGAUCAUACUUGUCAUUAGUGCUUACAUUUAUCUUAAACGAGAAAAAAAGAGAAAAGCAAAAUUGAAUAAUCAAAAUGUUAAUUUAAAUAAUGAAUAUUCGAAAGUUAUUAAUGAUGACAAAAAUACAGAUCCAUGAUUGUGCUAAUGAAAA